AUGAACGAGAAACUACGGUCGAUACCUCAGAUCAACAAAAGCGGCAAGUUUCAAGUGGUGUUUGAUGGUGACGAGAUGAAGAUUUCGCACAAAGACUCCAAGAAAGUAAUGGCGAUGGCCGAUGUUGUGGAUGGCCUCUACUGGCUUCGUACAUCCCAAAGAUCCGUGAGCGCGGCUUCAGGACCAAGAGUCGGAAAACUUCAUGCGCGUAUGGGCCACGCACCGGUUGAUGUCUUGUGCAGGAUGGUCUCCAAGGGCAUGAUCAAGGACGUCGAGAUACCAACAAAAUUGAGCGGAUCAAGCGUUUAUCGCGGUUGUCAAGAAGGAAAGAUGGUUCAACGACCGUUCCCAAGCAAUCCAAACAAGCGCCAGUAUGACCCGUUUGAGCUCCUGCACAUCGACACUUGUGGACCGAUGGAAGUCGACUCGCUGGGCGGAAGCCGAUACUCACUUCUGAUCGUCGAUGAAGGCAGCGGAUGCAUGAAGGGUUUCAGUCUGCGCGCCAAAUCCGACAGAGAAGAGUGCAUCAAGAAGUACAUCAUGGCAUUACAGAGGCAGUUUAACUUCAAGGUCAAGUUCGUUCGACACGAUGGUGCACACAAAUUUGCGGCGAAUUCGCUCAAGGCAUUUUACGAUGAUCAAGGAAUCGAGCAGCAGGUUACCGUUCCGUAUGCGCAUCAGAUCAACGGCACGGCGGAGCGGGCAAUUCGGACCAUUGUGACGAUCGGCCGCAGCAUCCUUCACUACGCCAAGCUGGACGAGUGUUUUUGGGCUGAAGCAUCAAUGACGGCGAUCUACAUCAAGAAUCGUCUACCAUCGCUUAAGUACCAAGAUCAAACCCCGUUCGAGAUCGUCAACGAAUUUUCGACCAAGUGUGAAGCACAUGCGGAUUUUCGGCUGCCGAACGUUUGUGCUGACCCCUGA